CGUUGGACGCAAAACAACAUCAACAAACAGUCAAAAAAGGCCCUUUUUUCCCCUUUAUCGACUGAUAUCGUCAUUCUCCCCACUCUUUACAAUGGCAUCCCGGCUUCUUUCAAAUACCUUCCCUGUCAAGGCUAGCUUGACUAAGCAGUUCGUUCGUCCCUUGGCUACCGCUGCCAAGCAGGCUGUCGCUACCCGCACCACUGUCCUCCCCAACGGCCUUACCGUCGCCACCGAAGAGAACUCUCAGGCUGGUGCUGCUACUGUCGGUGUGUGGAUCGAUGCUGGUUCUCGUUCUGAGAAUGUCAAUGGCACUGCUAGCUUCCUUGAGAACGCUGCUGUCAAGCUUACCCACAAAGAAAAAAAAAAGAGCCAGGCCUCUGCCUUUGAGAAGUUGGGCGGUAUUCUCCGUUCAAACACCACCCGCGACCAGACUUUCUUUGCUGCCAAGACUCUUGGUGCCAACGCUGCUGCCUCUGUCGAAAUUAUCUCCAACAUCAUUCAGACCCCUGUCAGCUCUUCUGCCGUUGCUGCCUCGCGCGCCGAUGUAUUGAAGCAGCUCGCCGAGAUUGAUUCCAACCACGAGCAGGUUGUAUUCGACCAUUUGUAUGCCACCGCUUUCCAGGGAAGCUCAUUGAGCCGCCCUACUGCAGGUGUACCUGAAUCUGUUGAAAGUGUGACAGCCGAAGAAUUGGCUGCUUACCAGAAGACCAACUAUGCUGCUGAUCGUAUGGUUCUUGUUGGCUCCGGUGAUAUUUCUCACGAAGCCCUUGUCAAGCUUGCUGAACAGCACUUUGGUGCCAUUAACCCCGGUCAGGCUGUUGAGUCCAAGAAGCCUUACUUCACUGGCUCUGAGAUCCGUCUCCGUGACGAUUUGAUGCCCCAGGCACGCGUUGCAAUUGCUGUUGAGGGUGCUGCUGCCCUUAGCGAAGACUACUUCAACCUCUUGGUUAUGCAGGCUGUUAUUGGCUCUUGGGACCGCACUCUCGGUGCCGCUGCUCACCUUUCUUCCCGUCUUUCGACCAUCGUCAACAAGAACCACCUUGCUAACUCUUUCGCUUCAUUCACCAAGGGUCACAAGGACACUGGUUUGUUCGGUAUCUACUUUGAGUCCGAGAACAGAGAGCAGAUCGACGAUUUCGUUCACUUCUUGCAGAACGAGUGGGUCCGUCUUUCCACUUCUGUCACUGCUGGUGAAAUUGAGCGCGCAAAGCAACAGGUUAAGGCUGGUCUCCUCCUCAACCUCGACACUACCUGCUCUAUUGCCGGUGACAUUGGUUCCCAGAUCCUUACCAACGGCAAGCGUCUCACUGGUGAUGAGAUCAAGAGCACAAUCAAUAAGAUUACCGCUGCUGAUGUUCGUCGCACUGCUAACAAGUACCUCUGGGAUCAGGAAGUUGCUGUUGUCGGUCUCGGCCCUAUUGAAGGUUUGACUGACUACAACAGAGUCCGUGGUAACAUGGCUUACAACAGGUAA